ACGUUGAUUUCAUCAAAGCGUCUGAAUCGGAUUUUCCCUGCAUUUUCUGCUUCCUCCCCUCUUUCCCUGCCUUGUAUAAUUCUUUUCUUUGACCCUUUACACACUCUCUUGGCCAUUUCUAGGGUUCUUUUCUUCUUCUUCUUCUCUUUCACCAUAAAACUCUUCUCCAUCACACACACACACACCACUGUGCUGCUAACCAUGGCAAAUUUCACUUCUUUUUCUUCAUCUCUGACACACAUUCCACCCAUUUCAGCUCCUUCUUCUUCUGCAGCUUUCGACGAUUCUUCCGAAGACUCCUGCAGUAUAUGCUUAGAGCCCUUCAGCGUUCAUGACCCAUCUACUGUCACCUGUUGCAAACAUGAAUAUCAUCUGCAUUGCAUUAUUGAAUGGUCACAAAGAAGCAAAGAGUGCCCAAUCUGUUGGCAAUCACUUGCUUUGAAAGAUCCUGCCAGCCAAGAGCUUCUAGCUGCAGUGGAAGAUGAGAAAUGCAUGAGAUCAAGAAACAUUGCUAAUUCUCGUGCCCCCCUUGGACAACUUAAUGAAAGCCACGAUGAUUCUUGCUCAGAUGACUCUGAUUUUGAUGAUCAGAUUAUGAAGCGCCUAGUUUCUGCUGCAAGAAGAGCUCAUUUUGUUCAGAGACAGGAAAGGAAGAGAUCACCUAGUGCUGGUCCAUCAGAGGCUCUUGGUGUUAACUCUUCCAUGCAUGUUUCUGAGGUGCAAACAACUCUUACAACUUCAUCAUCUGGGGGUAGUUUGCCAGCUUCUGGUGUACCAUCUACUGUUAGCAUUCAACCUCCAGCACUAAAUACUACUCCUGAGAGUGCAAGGAGACCAAACACUUCUGAGAUUUCCUUCCCUGAGUCCUUCAAAUCAAAGUUUUCUGCUGCUUCAGCCAGAUAUAAGGAAUCAAUUUCAAAAAGUACGCUUGGUCUUAAAGAGAAGUUACUUGCUCAUAAUGUCUCGGUUAAAGAGCUGAGUAAAGGUGUUCAGCGCGAGAUGAAUGCAGGCAUUGCUGGAGUUGCACGGAUGAUUGAACGCCUUGAUCUUAGCUCAAAACGGUCCAGUGCUCCUCUCAUUGCUGUCCAUAGUGUGGCUACUUCAGACUUCCCUUCUUCAGGGAAGUCUGUUGAAGAGAAUGGCAUUGGGGGUUCUCCUAGUAAAGAGAAUGGAGGUGCAGUUCAUGAUGUUAGUUCAGAUGUUCCCCCACUUGUUACUAACAUGCAAUCUUUUCGAACAAAAACUCCUCCAUUUCUUCAGAGUGGACAUGGAAUGGUAUGAAGACUUAGCUUGUGGUCAUCAUCAACUUGACUAUGCUGUCUCAAUUGUCUUAGAAGAGUGCAAGAGACGCCCUCUGAUAACCAAUGUACUCAUUGGUAUGCGUCCUGCAUUGUUAUCAAUGGUAAAUUACGCGUAGGAAUUAAAAUUAUGUACAAUCAAUUGAUAAGAGCCAGCGGUUUCAUCCGUUGGACGAUUAUUCAAUGCAUCUCUGAUAUAGUUUCAUGGUUUCUUAUCCAUGUUUACACCUUUAUUUUUUUCGAUUAAAAUUUACAUCUUUUACAUGCCA